UAAGGAAGUAAACAAUAAUGUGCGCAGAGGAUCCAGCAGCGUUUCCAUUGAAAAAGAAAAGUUCUCGUAUUGCUAUAGAAGUAGCCUUUAAAUAUUAAUCCCGUCAGCUCCAAACGUCAACAAAUAACGACGCGUUUGUUUGUAGUUGAUGACAACAUUUUAUAUAACUGUGCCAAAAAAACCUCAACAUCAUUAUGAUGGCAACCCGAAACAACUCUGCCGGUGCUGCUCCAAACAAUAAGGUGAAAUACUCGAGGCUGGCAGACAGCGAUGAAGGCUACAUCGAUCUACAGUUCAAGAGAACCCCACCUAAAGUACCCUACAAGGCUAUUGCCCUGGCAACCUUUCUAUUUCUGGUGGGCUCUUUAUUGAUUAUUGUUGGAUCACUUCUUUUGGCAGGAUACAUUGAAGUUACGUAUCCAGAUCGCACGAUUCCAGUUCUCAUCAUCGGCAUACUCAUCUUUCUUCCUGGAUUUUACCAUCUUCGGAUUGCCUAUUAUGCUUCCAAAGGUUACCGUGGUUACUCUUAUGAUGACAUCCCAGACUUUGAUGACUGAAUGGAUCUAGUUACACUGAAUGCUGUUACUUUUGUGAGUGUUUUUCUGAAGCUGUCGCAUGUUUUGCCUUCAGACUUUAAUUGUCCAUUUACCCGCUGUAAGAGAAAAUAUGGUACACUGUGGCCUGGCUGAGCUUUACUGAGCUGAAUACCUUUAUUUUACCAAAAGGAGAGAAAAAAGUGCAAUAUUAAUCAAAAUAGAGGAUUUAUAUUUAGAUAGAUACAUAAAAUGGCAACAAAAAAAGCUGAUAUUUUUGUAGCUUUUUGUAAAACACUAUUUAAAGAAGUAUUGUUUAGAAAGUAAGGAAAUGCAUAUUCUUUUGUAAUGGAGCAUGUGUUAUUUACUGUUUAUAUACUACCAGGGAAACGUUUGGACACAAUUUAUGUUUUAAAUUCGAUUUGUAUACUAUUUGCAUGUACUGUAUA